UUAAAAACCAAGCCGAUAGAAGUAGCCUUUUGUAACACUCUUUCAAAAUUUCGAAUAGAAACACCUGGAACCUUUUAGGUUUUCUAAAUUAUGACCAUUAACAACUGGUGUAAAUUGGCCAAUGAUGCCAGCAAGGCCACUCCUGAGGACAGACCCAAGGUGCUACCCGGCUUAGAUUGUUUAGAUGACCGACUGCAGGCUGUACUGCGGGAACAAGGAUGGCAAAAGAGUUCCCAUAAGCGGAAGCCAGCUGGCGGCGGCCAAAAGCGGAGGAAAGCAAAAAAAGCCAAGACAAAGUUUUCGACACCACGGUUCCAAGAAUACCAAAAGCUAUACGCUGACAAUCUCAGGGACCUCAAGCGUUGCGCCGCUGGCAACGAGUACAAGUUCCGGAGUCGGCCAGUGCCCGAUUUCCAGAGGUCCCACCAGCUUCUGCAGAAGCGCCAGCAGUACCUGUGUUCUUUGAAAAAGCUAACCAAGCCCAAGAGUCCCCGCACCCUCGCCACGUCCAUGGAGGCGCUGGUCAAGCGCAAGAACAAGGAGAGGCAGCUCAAAAGGCAGGCAUCCAACUCAACACCGAAGACCAAUCCGUCCAGUUCCAUGGACUACAUGCUCCGCCAGCCCUUUAGGCCGCGUACGGAAUGCUCUUUUACUCGACCGAAGCCUUUCCAGCUGCACACCAAGAAGCGGGCGCUGGGACGUUUUCUGUACGAUAAAGAGAAACGAGUGCGAAUGGAGACGCGCUGCGUGGAGCUGGCCAACGAGUGGUUAAAGUCGGAGCGAAGGGAGUUUAUCAGGCUGCGUAAGCUGACCAACUUUAAGGCCAAUCCAAGUCCGUGGAGGAAGAAAAAGAUCAUACAUAAUCGUGGAUAAUAAUAUUUGGCUUAAAAAGGAACAACAAAAUUAUAUUUUAUAAAGAAGAAACUGCAUGCUCAGGAGACUUACAAGAGACAUACCUACAAAUCGCCGGGUAAUGGAGGGUGUGUUAAGGAUUAUACCUACAAUCCCCACACAUUCUUUCGGUGCCUAGGCUUCAAGGCUAGCUUUGAUCUUGACAUACGUAGUGCAAAAUAAAAUGGUAGAUUUAAUUUCUUAAA